AUGCAAUCUCCUUUCUUCUUCUUCUUCCUCCUCCUCUUCUACUCCUUGACACAGAUUUUUCUCUAUUAUGAUUUUGUUGAUGGAUAUGCUGUGAUCGUGAAAAACAUCACCGUCGAUAAGUCUGGGCAUGGAGAUUUCACAACCAUUCAAGGUGCCAUUGAUUCAAUUCCUGACAACAACAACCAAUGGAUCAGAAUUCAUGUUGUACAAGGAAUCUAUAGGGAAAAGGUCUACAUACCACCCCAGAAGGGAUAUAUCUUGCUAGAAGGUGAAGGGCACCAGCAGACAUCAAUUGAGUGGGAUGAGGCUGUUUCCUCUAAUUCGAUCAACUGGAGCACCGAUCUAUCAAAUUCUAUACUUGAUUAUGGUGAUGAAGGAGCGGAAGGUGUUACGUUCACUAUCAUGGCAGAUAAUUAUGUCAUCAAAGAUAUUUCAUUUAAGAACACAUACGACCACAUCAAAUAUGGAGCCAAGGAGGCAUCGGCAGCGUUUGUAGGAGGAGACAAAGGCUCCUUUUACCGGUGUGCAUUCUUUGCCUACCAAAACACCUUGUGUGAUUAUAGAGAUCGACACUACUUUGAUGAAUGCUGGAUCGAAGGUGCUAUCGACUUUAUCUAUGGAUUCAGCCAAUCUAUCUAUGAGAAUUCCACUUUGCAUUCCAUCAAGGAGGUGUCGCAACCAGGAUGGGUAGCGGCACAUGCCAAGAUUAAACCUGACGUGUCGGCUGGCUUUGUGUUCAAGGAUUGCACGGUGGAUGGGGGCAAGACGUUUUUAGGAAGACCGAUGAAUUCCUACGGCACUAUCGUGUUCGAUAAGAUGUAUAUGGCAGGCAACAUUGUGCCCGAGGGAUGGGACAUUUCAGAAGUCGGAGAUGAUGUGAACCCAACAACGUUUGCGGAGGAUAGUUGCAGCGGGCCGGGUUCAGAUACCACCCACAGAGUGAAAUGGGAAAAGAAGCUUGGUUCCAAGGAAUUGGAGUAUUUUACCAGCAUCAAAUUCAUCGACCAGGAAGGCUG